AUGACGAUAAUCGACAAUAUUAGUCCUAAGGCUCUCUACCGAAGAAGCGCCAGUUGGACGAUAAAAAAUCCUCCAAAGGAGGAGGCGAAAGUCAAGGCAUAUAAUGAUUGGAAUAAUGACCCGGGUUUUGAUUGGCAAGAAGAAACUCGUGAACCAAUCGAGUUAACGGUCACUGGAAACAUCCCUGAUUACGUUCGCGGCGUACUCUACCGAACCGGUCCCGGCGGAGACAGAGUCGAAACUGAGAAGGGAACAUUCAAGGUUGAUCACUGGUUCGACGGUUUCACCCUGAACCAUCGUUUUGAGAUCACAGCAGACAAAAAAGUUAUAUAUCGAUCCCGCAGAGCUUGCGAUGAACUCUUAGAGUAUAUUAAGAAGACUGGUCAGCGUGACAGCUACAGCUUUGGCCAGAGACGUGACCCUUGUGAGGGCUUUUUCAGAAAGGUCAUGACCAGUUUUCAGUCGACCCCUCUUUCUGCAAUGCAAGCCAUCGGUGGCGCUGAGCAUCCGAGCUGUCACAAUGUCGGCGUGACACUAUCUCCAAAUAUGCCUGGUUCCCUCAAAAUUCCAGGGACAGCCGCGAAUAGUAGUGCCAACGGACACGGGGGUCUGGUUACGUUGAUUGCAAAGACCGAUGCCACCGUCCUGCAAGCUCUCGAUCCAGAAACUCUAGAGCCCCUUGGUGUCGCAAACCAACAGAUCCUCCAUCCGGAACUGAACGGCCAGUUUUCCGCCUCCCAUGCUCGGACUUGCCCAGACACUGGCGACUUCUUCAAUUUCAAUCUCAAGGUCGAUGGUACCCCAGAAUACAAGAUUUUCAAGAUCACACCAGAAGGAACAUGUACCAUCAUUGCCAAAGUCACUGGGGCAAAUCCGUCAUACAUUCACUCCUUCUUCCUUUCGAAGAAAUACGUAAUCUUGUGCGUAUAUUCAUCAAAAUACUCAUGGGGUGGCGCAAAGAUUAUUUACACCCGCAAUGUCGCCGACGCAAUCGCUCCAUGGGACCCAACUAACAAGGCCAAAUUCUUUGUCAUCGAUCGCACUGGCGAGAAGGGUGUAGUCGCAAACUUUGAAACCCAUGCUUUCUUCGCUUUCCAUUCCAUCAACGCCUACGAAGAAGGGGAUGAUAUCGUUUUAGAUGUUCCAACCUACGAGAACCUAGAUAUCAUUCACACCCUAUACUACUCCUUUCUACGCUCUACAUCACCAGACGCACCCAUCAAGAUCGCACAAUUCAAGACCCAAUUUACUCGGUGGAGACUAGCAAACAUCCCAGAGAAGCCGGACCCAACGACGAGAACUGCCAGUUUUGAUUUCAGAGAAGAACUUGGAAUGGAGCUUCCAGUUAUCAACCCGAAUUACAUCACCCGCAAGCAUCGCUACGUCUACGCUAUUUCAAUCCGUGGGAAGUCCUCAUGGGUUGACGGAAUAGUCAAAUACGAUACCGAAACCCGCACCCCAGUCCACUGGGAGAAGCACGGCCAUUCGCCUAGCGAGCCAAUCUUCGUUGCAAAUCCAAAUGGCAAAGACGAGGAUGACGGAGCUCUUCUCACGGUCGUUCUCGACGGACAAUGUGAAAAGAGUUACCUCUUGGUACUAAAUGCAAAGGACAUGACAGAGCUUGCCAGAGCAGAGUUGGGAAGGGUCGUCUCAUUCGGUUUUCAUGGUACCUACAUUGGUAAGGAUAACAAAAACAUUUAUUCGGCAUGA